AUGUCAAAAAAUGAGUUAGAUAUCAUCUUUGAGCAUUACGAUAUCGGAUUAAUUGUUCUCACCAAAAUUCACAACAUAAGAAAAAAAUAUGAAGAUGAAAAAAAUAGCAUGCAGAAGGAUGACAAUAAGCUGGACAGAGAAGAUGCGGAGGCUUUUGAACAAAAAGUCAGAGACUUUUUUCUGAACUAUAAGAUGGACCCUCCACAUGGCCAAAAUGAUGACACAGAAAAUGGGAACAAUAAUGGCCAUAAACACGAUGGAAGGAAUGUCAUAAAUGACCAAACGGAUAGGGAGAACUCGAACAAAUCAGGCGUUAGGGAGAGUGAUUCCUUUCGAUCCACUGAAAAGACGGAUGGGACAAAGCGCGAAGGCGAUAAUAACGAGCUUCACAGUGUGGCGGAAAGAGCGCCUCAAAAAGUUGGCCAGAGGAAUAACCACAGCGUUGCGCAGAAUGCCACACAGAGUGCCGCCCCAAAAGAAGAUUUUAAUCGAACAGCAGAGACCAAUCCCCACGAAAUAACUUUCAACGAAGUUACCAACAAAAGUACGUUAAAAUCAGAAGGAACCACUGACAGUCAUGAAAUGUGCCGAAGAAAAAUAAAAUUAAAGGUGGAAGAAUACCAUGGUGAAAAUGAGUCCAGAGUAAGAGAGCACCAGGAACAGAUAGAUAACACCAGCACUAGCGGUCACAACGCAUUGAGCUCAAAUGAGAAUCCUUCCCUUAAGCUGAAAAUUUUAAAUAAUGCCAGCCAUAACCUGAUAGAAACAAAAAAAAGAAAUGCACAAGUAAUAGAAAAGCUUGUCAAAAUAGAGGCAAGUUGUGAAGAGAAAGAUAAGGGCCAAAUGAAGACAGGUCAAAUACGCCAGAAUAUGCACGCUCAGCAGCGCCUACAGGAGGAAAAACAAACACGAGGAUCUAAAAACGCAGAGAGGAGAAAGGAAAGGAUAGGGGGGAAACAAAGUGUGGCGGUAGAAGUGAAAAGGGAAAUUGUGCGAAAUGAAGCGGACGUGGGUGGAGGUAGCAAAAAUGGUGAAGACCCAAAUGGUGAAGACCCAAAUGGUGAAGACCCAAAUGGUGAAGACCCAAACGGGGAAAACCCAAAUGGCGCGAGCAAGCAUCACACGGGCGAGAAGAUAAAACCCAGGAGAGAGCCGGAUGAAACCAUUUUCCCCGCACGAAAGAAAAACGAAACUUACAAAAAAUUCAGCAAAAGAUUCAACAGAAAAAAAAUAAACGAGUUUGUAGACUACCCAGACGAGCACUGCUUUUACAUCACGGAUUUGUGCAAAAAGGGAACCAUGCUAUCGCUCAAGAGGAACCAAUUAACCAACCAGCAUAGAGAUAAAUAUAAAUUUUCCCUUUACCCGAAAUUUACAAGCCCUCUAGGCACUAACCAAUACCUCCCAUUUAGUAGGGAAGUACAGCCUUUAAACAAUAUGCGCAUGAAACUCAACUUAUUUAAGCAGCUAAAUGAAAAAACCCUCACCCAAGGCACCAUUAAUGAAUUAGGUAACUCACAGAAUAGUAAAGAAAAAAGAUCAUCUAAUUCAUGUGACGCAUUUAACGAAUACGACAUUUUACAAAGCUGCUACCAAGUAGAUGAAAAUCACAUGUCUAACCACACUUACACCCUAGAUAACGUCGAAAAUGUAGUUUAUAAUACGUGUGACUGUUCAACCUUCAUGAAUUUACAAAAUAUUGUUUGCGACUUGAACGAGGUGGGCAUCCCAGCUGGCGGGAGAAAUGCAGUCAACCAGAGCGAGACACGUGUCUUCAGCUUUAACAGCACGAAGGGGGAUAACGCUAAAGGAGUUGUCGAAAAGAAGGACGAAGGACACAGAAGGGACGCCCCCGUCAAGGGAAGCUAUGAUCAGCGUGCCGCAACAAAUAAUAGAACGUACUCACCAUUCGGUUUCAAUUCAAAUUUUCAAGGAUUCCCCAUGAUAAGCGGCCACCUUAGCAGCAAUAACGUAGAGAAUUAUUUCACGAGCGCGGAUGGCACAAAUUAUAGGAUUAUAAAUAUGAGUUUCAACCCAAAUAGCAGCAUCGCAGCAAAUGUCUACAAUAACCCUGUGAUGAACCCCCCCCAUAACAGUACGUACACCAUGAGUAGUAACAAUUAUAUCCUUAACAGAAACAGCAUAAGUAUAUUCUCCGAUGGGAACAUCCUCACGAAUAAUCCUCUUCCAAACUGCAAUUUAAAUGUUAGCUGCUUCAAAAAUGACUUAUUUAAUACAAGAAAAAGUUUUUCUCAUAAUAAUUUUUACCACCAUUUAAAUCCAUAUUACAUUUUCAAGUAUAGUAAUGAUCCGGGCAUGACCAUCCACAAUUAUUACAGCAAUGGUUACGCCACAAUGAACAACCGAAGGAGUAGUUACACUAACGGAAGAAUAACCAACAGGGCUCUUUUCUUCGCAGAUAGGGAAUACAUAAACAUGUUUGCAAAAAAUUACACGAAACGGAGUUUCGUUGAUAGGAAUCCUUCCAACCAAGAUUCUUCAUCGCGGAUAUGUAACCACAACUUCACUCCUUGCAUAUGUAACCAGAAUGAUCAUUUAAACCACCAGACAAACAACAGAAAUAGUUUGUUUCAUACCAAUCAGUACACUGCCAAUCAGAUUGAAAGCAAUCAGCAUAGAGACAAAAAGGAAAGCAACUCUUACAAUCUAUCAGUAACAAACCGUAAUCAAAUAAUCAACAUAUCAUACAACGAUAACGUGAAUCUGUUUGGCACAUCAGUACCUGGGGAGUGUUUCCUCAACACCAGUCCAAUCAACUUGGAGAACCAACCUACCCUUUCUACGAACAUUUUAAUCAACGUCCAAAAUGCACAUGGACAACAAGUAAAAAAAAUUCAAUCGCUGCUAACCGAUUCGCCAAGUGCCCAGAUUUGCUCAUUUAAAGAUGCAUCAUCAACGUUGGAUGGACCGGCAAGCCUCCAGGACGUUGCCGUGCAUUAUCUUAGCGAUGAAUUACCCGUUAGAAAUGAAAGCGGCGAUGCAGUCCACGGUGUUGGCAACGGUGCUGGAAACGGUGCAGGAGGAGAGCCCCCCAAAGCAGUUAAACAAGAAAUAGGAGACACACACGCAGACGUAGUCCCGGCAGCAGAAAAUUUGAGCCCAGACCACCACGUCAAAGGUAAGCAUAUGAUUACACAAGGAGGAAGCCCCAAUAAUAACGAGGAAGCAACGCAGGUGGACCCAAACAACCACCCGCUUCAUACAGAAACAAAUUACGCAGAUAUGCGCACAGCCAAUAGCGAGCAAGCGCAUCAAAACGAAGGACCAAAUUAUGCAUUGACAAAUAAGUCACACAGGGGAGAAAACAAAGAGUCACGAGUUGCGGGGGAUCUAAUCUGUGUAGAGGAAGUCCGAGCAUAUUUUCCUCACGAAAAUAAAACAAUGAGAAGGUAUAGCGACACGCCAAAUUUGGCAAAGCAUGAGAAGGCGGAUUUGCACUGUAUGGGCAUGGGCGAAGUGAGUAGACAAGGAGUCGAAUUAGAGGGCGCUCCCAACUACGUCUUUCACCCUGACACUGAUCAGGAGCAGCAACAGAGGCAACAGCAGCAACAGCGGCAGCAGCAGCAACAGCAGCAUCACUACCACCACCAAUCGCAACAAUGGAACCUUCCCCACGCGGAGGACCGCCACUUCUCGGUGAACGUGCAACACGAACAUCUCAACGAGAAGGGCAACAUCUUCUCGUCCGCGUUGAACCAGGGGGCUAACCCCAAGUCGGAAGGCCCCAUUAUCCCCCUCUACACGUAUGAGCAAAACGACGCAGGGAAUGAAAAAAAAACACACAGCAGCAACAGCGAAGUAAUUAUGUACCACCCCUCGUACUAUGUGAAUUACCUUCCCCAUCCGAUAAAAUGUGAACCUCUUUUUGAUGUCCAAAAUGUGUAUAAUCAAGUGAGAGAAGAAAAUAAGAAUGCGCUAAAUUACCAUGUUGAGAAAAAUAAUUACACAGCUCACCUUAACAAGACGGGAGAGGUUCUCCUUGAAAGCACCCCAGAAAGUAUAAUUGCCUACAUGAAUGAACCCUCACCAUGGCUACAACUACACAAAAAGGAAGAACCUAAUGACCGCCUUUUCUUCAACACCAAUGAACAAAGAAGCAACAACAAUUAUGCCCUAAACCAUGUAAAUUAUAUCCCAUUGCAAAAUGGGUACUACAAUAAGGAAGACAAAUACAGUAGAGUUAAAGACAUUAACAAAAUGCUCGUUAAAAAUAGUGAAAAUUACGUUUUAACAAAGCAAGAAAUUUAUAGGAAUGGCACUCAUAACACUGUACAUUUGCAACCACAUGGUAUGAAUAACAUUACACUUUCGAUGAAGAAUGAUGAACUAGUGGAUUGUAUGAUGCACAGAAAUGUGAAUAUGGACAUCAUAAGGGACGAGCUGAACAACAGUGGCGGUAGUACCCUCAACGGAAGCCUCGGCAAAAACAUGCCCAACAGUGCGCUUAACAGAAUAGACUCGAUCAACGCCGUAAACACCGUCAACAACGUCAACACCGUCAACUACGCCAACACGGUCAACACCGCCAACAACCUCAACACCAUCAAAACUGUAAACAACAUGAAUAUCCACACCAACAGCGUUGUAGACAAAAGGAUAAACCGAAGUGAAUUCCCAGCUGAAAACUUCCACUACCCACGAGGCGACAAGGUAAUUGCAAACAACUACUUGAUGGAUUCCCAUUUCAACACGCCACAACAGGUGGAGUAUUACGCAGAGGAUCAUAUGAUGCCCACAAACUUUCCACACCUGAAUGCUCAUUAUACGCAAAAUAAAUUUCUCUGUUUGGAGAAUAAAGAUCAUUUUGAACGUGGCAACAAGGAAUCAGUGCAGAAUACUCAACAGGAUAAUUGCGACAAUAGGAUUAACACCAAUGUAGAAGAUCUAAGCAUAGUCGAUCCCUAUAGUUUGAUGGAAACGAAGAACCAUGUUCAGCAUACUUAUAUGCCCUACCAUUCUAACUACUACAAUGAAGAGCUGAACCCAAAUUCCUCCUUCUAUGGCGACAAUGUAGACAACAUGAACCCAUUUAACGAUGAUGAGCUAAAUGUUUCAUACAACAACUGUUACUUAACCCGGUACAAUAUGGAUAAUAAUUACGAUGACCCAAAUGAACGCAACAUGUAUGAGCAGGGCCUGUUUAACCAAUUUAAAAGUAUCCAGGGGAAAAACUCCUUCCCCUUUUACAACCCAUUAAGUGCGUAUGCAGAAGGGACCGUUGCCAAAUACGGGUUCGACUGCAGAUAUGUAAACGAGAGCACGAACAUUAAUGCGUACAACAAUGAGUACACCAACGAUCACACCAACGAGUACACCAACGAGCACACCAACGAGUACACCAACGAGCUCACCAACGAGCAUACCAAUACCCACACGAGCAUCAUCGUGCACAGCGGAAGCGCGCGACGCGUGGGGGAAAACUCCGACGACCCUAGCCGCAACCCGGGCGCCUUCGACCAGCAGGAUGAAGCGAAAACUUAUGGGGAAAAUAACAACGCUAGUGCAGGAAGAAGCAUCCGAAACGGAAACAAUAUCUCCAACAGCAACAAUAAUGAGGGCGGAACGAUCAUCCAAAUACCCACCUUUUUCAACCACGCGACGAACAAUCUAUAUAGCCAAGCCAACAUGGAAACCGCACAAAACCUGAGCGAAAACGACCUAGCAUAUUCCCAAACGCCAGGAAGUGACAGCUUUAACAAAAUAAAUGAAAAAUAUCAGCCAUCACAGAUAGACACAAGUAACAACCUAUACGGCAGUAUCGAAAGAGACAUUACUAAAAACAAUUCCCCAUGCGACUUCUUGCAGAGCGAAAAUAAUGACCAUUACGAAAUGACUGCCAGUUUAACACCUAGAGAAUCACCCAACUGUUACAUUAAUGCUAUCAAUAACAAAAGACACAUGAUCAGCUUCAAUUCGAAUGCCACCGCUGAAAUGGGGAGUUUUAACAACAGCGCAGAUGUGUUCAAUGUGCACACGACAGACGACAUAACAAAUAUUUUUUCCAACAACGUAGAACAGGUCAAAUGGGACCACUUCUUAGAUCAGACCAAUUCUACGUACCAUGAUCCCACCAUGUACAGUUUUCAUCACAAUUUUAGUGGCCAAAACAGUGUAGAAUGUAGAAUCCAUAUGCAGAAUCUACCACCUUAUAACAAUUUGGCUAGCUUAAAUGACAUCCUCCCAAGCAGUCUCACUAACUCUGUAAGUAACUACACUAACGGGAUGACCAACCAAAGGAACACAAACAGUUGUUACACAAAUAACGUGACCAACUACAACCAGUGUAGUACUUGUAAAAGCAUACCAGCAACAAAUUUGAGCCUAGCAAAAAUGCAAAAUGGAAGUAUAGAAAAAGACAGCUUCCCCAGUAAUGCCCUCCGUUUUAGUAACCGCAGAUAUGCCCACACGAGUGAUGAUAACAGGACGGAUAAACGAUUAAACCAGUUGUGCGGCGACCCAAUGAGUGAAGAUAGCGUUGCCAUCGUAAAACAGGAAAAUGAGUUUUCCACGGAUAGAGGUAGAAAUGGAGAUGAACAAAAUGACGCACAGGUGUGUGGCCCUCAAAACGGCGCAGGCCAAUACGGUCCACAACAUAACCCCCUCCAACAGAUCAUAAGCCAUUUCAACCCAUAUAAUGACAGCUACAACGUUAUGCAUCCCGUAAAUUAUCGCCCUAAUUUUCUCAAUGGAGAAAAUUAUCUUCCAUAUGUAGCUCCCCACAAUUUUAACCUAAUGAACGGUCAUGACAAAAACAGCUCCACGGGUUCUAAGAACCCAUUUUUGUGCAUAAAAAAAGGACCCACGUCUGAACAAGCCAACAAUACCAUUACGUACGAUAUGACUAACGAAGUGAACCCCCUCGUAAGCACUGCAAUAAAGAGCGAUUACAACACCAACUAUUAUAAUCCACACACCGGAGUGGAAGUAAAAAAGGAAAUAUUCUCAAACGAUUUAGAAGACAAUACACCUUUUGAUAGUUAUCAAAAUUGGUACCAUCUAACAUUUUAUCCAAAUGGAGAUAAACGAAACAUCCCACUGAAUCACAACCAUCAUGUAGAUUCUUCUAACCUUCGUAUGUUCAACUCGUGUCAGAACACGUACGAUGCCACAUCAAAUGAGCUCCUAAAUUACAAACACCAACCGUAUAAUAAUAUAAACAACUUAAAUGCACUAGGCAACAAUUUGAUGAAUGUCAUUGGGUUAAACAAGAUGUAUAAACUUAGAGACAAUCUAUACGGCAUGCCAAAUUUGAGAGAGCAGAAAGGGAAAAAUGGAACACCCUCAAGUUAUCCGGUCAACGGAGGGCUUAGCAACACAGAAGGGAAUAACCCGAUUGCCUCAACAUGUAUGAACGAUCUAAACAAAUUGAUCACUCCUAAAGAGGAGAGGACGGAAAAUGUAAAUUCCUUGCUUCCCUGCACAAGUAGCAGUAACAACCCAAACGGAACCGACAAGUUAAGCUCCUUUUUUGGUAACACGCUUGUCAGUAGAAACUCCCUGAAUAAUAAGAACCGCUUCUUGCAGCAGCAAAGUGCCUUGUGCAACAUUUUAGGAAAUGGAGGCAGUCUUCUCGGUAGAGAAAUUGUGGACUACGAUCCGAUGAGCCUGAAUUCCUUGACAAAUAAUAAUUAUAAUGCCUACAUGUAUUUGUUUUAUUUAUAUAAACAAAUCGAGAACAGAAAUCACAUCAACAGUAAAAAUGUAGCAGAUGGCACAAAUGAUGGCAGUGGAAGCGUGUAUGUCCGUAGAGACUUAAUGGAUCUGAACAAAGUGCACAGCCUGUUGUGUAAUAGUAGCAUACCCGAUGGCACGAACGCGGGAUGCGAAAAGUACGCUAAUGACGGACCCCGAAACAGCCAGAAAAUCCGCACCCAACAAACAGGUGAAAUAUACCCCAAAGAUGCAUUCCAAAAUGUUCCGCCACAAAAUACAAACCAAGACAACAUAAACCAUUACAGAGAAACACAAAACUCAGUAAACGACAGACCUUUGGAUGUAGACUCAGGCAGAAAUAUGAGCAACGAAAUAAACAGGUACAUCGAAAAUUAUCAAAACCAACUAAACUGCAUUAGCAACCUUAAAGAUAACCUACUCAGUUGUAAUGCAUAUAACGUAGGUGUUCUCAAUAAAAAUUAUCCACCAAAUUACCCUUUACAUUUAUUAACCUGCAACACGUUAAGCGGCACCCCCCUGAGUAACAACCCCCUGAGUGGCACCCCUGUAAGUAACAACCCCCUAAGUAGCAACCCCCUAAGUAACAAUUCGCUUUGCCUAAAUGUAUUAAACAGUGUUCACCCAUCCCAGCAUAGCAAUUAUAGUACGCACCAUUUGAGUGAAAAGAAUAAGCUCCUAUUAAAUGAUGACAGUAAAGACCACAUAGGCAGUAACAUUAACCUCGCUUCGAACCAAUUGAAGAAUAUCCUCCACAGUGCCGGUAGAACCCCCAAUGCUGGCGGCCCCUUCCCCAUUCCACUCAUAAAUUAUUACAAUCUGCAGUUGUUACUCAACUACCUGAGGGAAAAACAGGCCUACAAUUCGAUGAACCAAGACGCUGCACAGAUUGCCACUGAUAUGAACGGCAAAAAGGACGAUGUCGGCGAUGUGAUUGCCAAAACGAACGAGAUCGCGAACAGCAACGUGAAUGAUCACGACGGUAAGAACAACGAUGAUGGCAAAAGCACCCCCAAGGACGGUGCCAAGGAUUCUGGGAAAACGAAUGCCAAAGGGGGGAAUUCCAAAAAUCCGAGGAAGCACAGCUAUUCUAUAUCCUCCGUUGGGUUCAGCAACAGAAGCAAGAGGUAAAUGAACAAACAUAAUUACUUUACCUCCACGUUGUGUCCACAACAAACUUACCUAUCCAAACACUCAGCACAGGAACACGAAACGAUUUUCAACGUGUACUGGCACCUGCUGAACAAGGAAAAGUAUCAGUACAUACAAAACAUUAUCCUGUUCCUGGACAGCAAUUUAUAUACGAGAGCCGUGUGGUUACUAAAAAAGGGCUACAGCAUGGACGACUUCCAAGUCCAGAAGGCGGAAAGAAAAUUGAUAAAGUUGAUGCUGCUAGUUUUCAAAUUUACCCAUGAUUACAAAAAUGACAGUGGUAAGUACGAGCAUAUAAAGUCCUUCCUGUAUUCCCUGAAAAGCAGUCACAUCAAUUUUGAGCUCAUGAAUCGCUUCCUCUUCUAUUGA